AUGGCAUUUAAUUUAGGAUUUAUUGGUGGUGGAAACAUGUCUACUGCAAUAAUGAAUGGAAUUUUGAAUAAAGAUGGACAUCCUGCCUCAAAAAUCUGGGUUUCUGGCCCUCACCUUGAGAAUCUCAAAUAUUGGCAAGAAAAAGGUGCUAAUAUUACAAUUAAGAAUGGUGAAGUUUAUAGCGAAUGUGAUUAUGUUUUCCUUGGUGUAAAGCCAGCUUUAUUAGAGAAAUCAUUACAAGAAACUGUUGAAACCAUACCUCGAACUGCUACCAGCAGGAGUGUGCUUAUUAUUUCUAUGUUGGCUGGAAUUAAAAUUGAAAGAUUACAAAUGGUGAUGAAUAUGCAUAAAUUACUGAAUAACUCUAAAGUAGCUCGUAUCAUGCCUAAUGUUCCAAUGGCAGUAGGAUCAGGGGCAUGCUUGUUUACUUGUGGUGAUAAUGUCAGUGAAGAGCAAAAAGAAAAACUUUCUAAAUUACUUAAAUGUUGUGGACAUUGUGAAGAAAUCCCAGAGGCUUUAAUGAAUAAUCUGGGUGUUUUAACAGCUUGCGGUCCAGCUUAUAUAUUUGUUAUUAUUGAGGCAUUGGCAGAUGGUGCUGUGAAACAAGGUGUACCAAGAGAUUUGGCAUUACGUUUUGCAGCACAAAUGGUUAUGGGAAGUGCUCAUUUAGUAUUUGACUCCAAGAAACAUCCUGGUCAACUGAAAGAUGAAGUGUGUUCUCCUGGUGGCAGCACCAUAUGUGGAAUAAGUGUACUUGAAGAUGGAAAAAUUAGAUCUACAUUAAUCAAUGCAAUUGAAGCAUCAGUAAAUAAGACAAAGAGUUUUGAAAUGUCUUCUUCCUUCGUUAUUCCUUCUGGAUGUUCACAUAAGUAA